CCGUGAGAAUGAAGAAUAUAUGCAAAACUUUUGAUGUUAAAUUUGCAAUGUUGUGAGGUGUUUUAUGAAUUUUUUUUAUUUUUUUUUAAAUAUCUUAAGAUAGGAAAUUACUUGUCAAAAUCGGCAAUUAGCAGUUGGUAGAUUUUUCUAGUAAGAUGCACAUAUGUAAACAUAGCCAAAAGAUUUCCUAAAAAUAGCGACUUUUAAUUCUAAAUUUGUACGUCACUCGUCUUUCUAAGAAAAGAAUACAUUGUAUAUCCUAUAAAUCCUUCUGCAUAACUUCUUUUUUGCUCUAAAUAUGUAUAUGUAACAUAUAUUUUUUAAUAAAAUAUUUUAAUUUUUAAUAAUAAAAUAGGGUAUGAUAUGCCUCAUCGAAUCGGUAAUGUCAACAACAUAGAGAAGUUUGAUACACAAUUUUUUGAUAUAUCAGCCAUGGAAGUCCUUACGGUUGAUCCUGGAACUAGAAUGCUCCUUGAACACACUUACGAAGCAAUUAUUGAUGCGGGUGUGAAUCCCAAAGACUUACGGGGUACAAGAACUGGUGUUUUUACGGCAACUAGCUUAUGUGAUACGCUGUGUUAUUUCUGCUUUUCUAAACCUCAGGUGGCUGGAUUACCAUGGAUUGGAUGUAGCAAAAGUACUUUUGCAUACAGAAUUUCUCAUUUGCUCGGCGUUACUGGACCAUCAUAUAAUAUUGAUACUGCAUGCAGCUCGAGUCAUUUUGCUAUAAAUGAGGCUUAUAGACAUAUUCGAUCCGGAGACUGUGAUGCAGCUAUUGUCGCUGCUGCUAAUCUAUGUCUUCAUCCUAACAUACAUUUUGGAUUUUAUUGUUUUGGAGUUUUGUCUUCUGAUGGUUAUUGUAAACCCUUUGAUAAGGAAGGUUCCGGAUAUAUGCGCAGUGAUACGGUUGCAGUAGUGUAUUUGCAAAAGGCAAAAGAUGCAAGAAGAGUAUACGCAACCGUUGUAUAUAGUAAAACAAACUGCGAUGGUUUUAAAGAAGAAGGUGUUACUUUCCCAUCAUUCGAAACACAAAAAAUGUUAUUAGAAGAUUUUUAUGAGGAAUGUGGUGUCUCGCCUGCAGAAUUAUCUUACGUAGAGGCUCAUGCAACUGGUACUCUUGUCGGUGAUCCCGUAGAAGUUAAGUCCAUUGACCAUGCUGUGUGCAGUAAAAGGAAAACUCCUUUAUUGAUGGGUUCGGUAAAAUCAAAUCUUGGACACUCCGAAGCAGCCAGUAGCCUUUGCCAAAUUGCAAAAGUAUUAAUUGCAAUGGAAACUGGUAUACUUGCGCCUAUAAUACAUUUCAAUAGUUCACGAAAAGAGUUAUCUGCUAUUAUCGAAGGAAGAAUAAAGAUUAUCACCGAACCAACAGAAUGGCAAGUGGGUUAUGUAGCUAUUAAUUCCUUUGGAUUUGGCGGCGCUAAUUCUCACCUAUUACUAAAACCGAAUCCUAAACAAAAAAUUAACAAUGGAGCACCGAAUGAUGACUUACCUAGGCUUGUAGCCGUAUCUGGACGUACAGAGGAAGCAGUUAGAAUUAUUUUAGACGAUUUACAAAGUCGACCAGUAGACACAGAAUACAUAUCUCUGCUACAUCAUAUUCAUAGCGCUAACAUAGACGGCCAUCAUUUUAGAGGAUAUCUAAUAACUGGAUCUAAAACGUCUUGUAAUACAAUUAAUAAAGUGGAACAUUUUUUGCAUGUAAGAAGGCCAAUUUGUUUCAUAUUUUCUGGACUAGGAUUUCAAAGAUCUCGAAUAAGUGGAGCUCUAAUGAAAUUUUCAACGUUUGCUGAGGCAAUUAACAAAUGUAAUACUGUUUUGAAACCUUAUGGUAUAUACCUCACAGAUAUCUUGAUAAAUGAAAAUAAUAUUUCCAAAAAUAUCGUGAAUUUAAUCUUAGGCCUUGUUGGACUACAGAUUGGAAUAGUUGAUCUUUUAACAUCUAUUGGUAUUGUUCCCGACCUUAUAAUUGGUCAUUCUAUUGGUGAAUUAAUCUGUGGAUACGCCGAUGGAUGUUUGACAGCUGAAGAAACGAUUCUGUUGGCAUAUUUUAUCGGUUUAGCGCUUUAUGAAUCAAAAAUAAUCAACGGUUCCAUGGCAGAAAUUAAUCUCGAUUAUGAAACUAUAAAGAAUAUGUGUUCUUUGGAUAUUGAUGUAGCUUGUUACAAUAGUUCAUCUAAUUUUAUCGUGAGCGGGCCAACAAAAUCUAUGAGAACGUUUCUUGCUGAUCUACGGACUAACAAUAUUUCUGUUAAAGAGAUUUUUUGUGGUUAUAUACCUUUUCACAGUCGUUAUAUUAAACCUGCAAUAAUCAAGUGUGAAGAGUAUUUGAAAGGAAUGAUACCACAAAGAAUAUUUCCUAGCUCAAAAUGGCUAACUACAUCCGCUUACAAAUAUUUAAAUAAAUCCUUUUUUUGUUCAGAAUACUAUAUAAAUAAUUUAUCAUCUUUGGCACUAUUUGCAGAAACGUUAAGUUUAAUUCCAAAAAACACGGUGACGAUUGAAAUAUCGCCUGAGAAUAUUCUUCAAUGUAUUUUAAACGAUCCUUUAUAUUCUACAGUAACAAAUGUAGUGUUAUUUGAACGUUCAGAGAAUCACAGUGACAAAAAAUUUUUAGAAACAAUUGGAAAACUCUAUAAUACAGGAUUGCAACCACAGAUUGCAAAUCUGUAUCCGACAGUAGAAUUUCCUGUAAGUCGUGGCACACCAAUGAUUUCUUCUCUUAUAAGGUAUAGUAUGUAUCUAGAGACGCGGUCGCAUCUCGCGCCAAGUCCACGCUUUAACGAGACCGACCCUCUUUUACGCGAGUCAGCGAGUUCAAGCAUAACGAGAUUAUCAGAUCUCAGUAACAGCUGAACCGAUCAAGUUCUGAUUAGUCUCAAUCGAUAGCUUGGGGACGAAUUGUAUAAGAAAAGUGUUUUUGUUUUUUCUCUCCAUGCUCUACGUGCGGAGGUAUCGCGACGCAAAGUCCAAAUCUUGGCAUUUUUUUUUACGAUACGUCAUCAUCGCCAAGCGAAUUUUGUCCAGUACAUCUUUUCGACACGAGUAACGAGUGGCGCUCGCUACUACACUAUCAGCCCGCAUGCGAUCAUGUGAUACAUCACGUGGCCGCGACCAUGAUUGCUGUGAUAUUCGAUGGGUUUUCUAACCCGUAAACUCAAUCGUCAAUAAUAUUUUGGUUCGCGGGGCAGACGACACAUUUUUUCUGCCAAAUUUGUUCGUGUGGUGUAAAAACACGUUGAAUGGGCCUAUAAUAAAUACGUGCAGAAAAAAAUAUACAUUUUGCAUUAACUAGAGUCAAUAUUAUACUCUUACGAGUGCUGUGCAUUAAAUUUUCUAAGUGUUAUACGCAUGAUUAACAAGUGCAUAUAAAUGAAGAUAACAAAACAAAGCUAAUUAGACCGAAUGCUCAUUAUUAAAUCUGGUUUUGUCUUGCUACCUUCCUCCAAUGCGUAUCUCAUUUCCCAGAUCUGUCUCUAAGU